AUGAACCCUCAGAUGGGCCAGCAAGGCCAAGGCCAACAGCCUCAGGGCCAGCAGCCCCAGGGACAGCCGCCGCCCAUGUACAAGCCGGCCCAGAUUCGAAACCUGCCCACACUUAGCGACGAGGAGAAGUCCAAAUACGAGCAGGGCCUCCAAGGUCUAUGGAACAAGGCCGAAGGUUCACCUCCGAACAGCCCGGAGAAUAUCGCUGCGCGACAGAAGAUCAUCGAGUUCUCUAAGAAAUUGAUCACGAAGAUCCAACAGCGCCGGGCCGCACAGCAUCGUAUGCAGAUGCACAGCAACCUCAAGGGAGUGCAGCAGGCUGCUGCUGGACAAGCGACACCUCAGUCACAACCCCAACAACAAGCGAUGGGCGCCGCCGCAACCCCAGCCGCCAACGCCAGCGCGCCGACACCGAAUCCUCAAGCUGCCGCGACCGCUGCGGCCACUACCCAGCCGAUGCCGAUUCCCGAGCAUAUCAUGAGCCAUGUUAACAAGAUGAACUUCCAGGCUCCUGCACAACUGGCCGAGAGGUCUGGAGCCAGCGCUACUAGGUGGGUUGAGGAGAUUAAGGAACGAUACGGUCGCGCCCUUAUGACCAUGGAGAGCAGCAAGCAGCGGGUGGCGCAGAUUGAUAAAAUCAUCAACGACCGAAAUCAGGCCGGAAAUCCAUUCAGCGAAGAGGAGAUGAGGCAACUACAAAUUAGGAAAGAACGCCAGCUCAAGUCACACGCAGACGCCCAUAAGUGGGUUGACAGUGUUCGCAAGCAGCAGACCAACCUCCAAGGUUCUAUCCAGGCACAGGCAGCCACUCCUGCCCAACAAGCCGGUCAACAAGCUGCUGCUGCCCAGGCUCAGGCUCAGGCUCAGGCUCAGACACAGGCUACCGCACAAGCACAAGCGCACGCACAGGCACAAGCUCAAGCCCAGGCACAAGCUCAGGCUCAGGCGGCUCAAGCAGCACAAAAUCAAGCGCGAGCCGGUCAAGCCCAAGCCAAUCCACAGAACAACGCGCAGACCACUUCUGCGCCUGUGAACGCGGCUAUUGAGGCUGCUAAGCAUCAAAUAGCGGCUGGUCGCGCUUCUCCUGUCAACGGGACGCCAGCGCAACAACAGCUGCCGCCUCAACAACAACAGCAACAGCAGCAACAACAGCCAGCACCCCCUCAGCCUCAACCUCAGGUCAAACAAGAACCACAUACCGCCCCUGCCAAUCCCUCGAUGGUCGCCGCCGCGAGCCAGAGUCAGACUGGGACUCCUACCCAGAACACUCCCCGAAUUCCCACACCUCAGCAUGCUGCUGCUGCUGCAGCCGCCGCCGCCGCUCCUGUUACGGCUGGAGGACCGACCCGGGCGCUCAGUCAUUCGGCUGCCAUGAGUCUCGCAAAUCAACGAGCUGCCAGUACUCCCGGCAGUGCCCAAGUGCCUGGCCAACCUACCAAUGCUGGAACACCGACACCCGGAAGUGCAGUGAAUCAGGGCGUGAUGGGGCCUAACGUACCGCAGCAGCCACAACAAGGUCACCCUCACGCUCAUCCACCACAGCCUCAGCAAACACCGAUGCAGUCUAAAAUGCCCAUCCCCAAGGUGCUCCCUGAGAAAGCCGUGGCCGUGCCUCAGGGAGUCGCGGUCGGAGGAGGUGUCAACACCGGGCGACCUACAAUGUCACAGGGAAGUGGCACACUCGGCGGAGUGAUGAAUCAACCGGCCAUGUCUAGAGUCCCGGCCUACAAUCACGAAGCCGAGGGCGACCACGUUUUGAGCAAGAAGAAGUUGGAUGAGCUUGUUCGACAAGUUUGCGGAGGCUCUGCCGAGGGUCAGGAUGGAAACUUGCUCACCCCCGAGGUGGAAGAGAACGUCUUGAACAUGGCAGACUCAUUUGUAGACAGUGUCCUCCAUGCGGCGUGCCGAAACUCGAAGGAACGUGGGUCUAAGAUACUCGAGAUUCGAGAUAUCCAGCUUGUGUUGGAGCGCACGUACAACAUCCGCGUGCCCGGGUACUCGUCCGAUGAGCUCCGCACCGUCCGCAAGAUUCAGCCAUCAACAGGUUGGAUCGCCAAGAUGAGUGCCGUCCAAGCGGCCAAGGUCAUGCCGGGCAAGGGUGAAUGAGGGAGAACACACAAAGUCGAGAAGACCGGAGGAUGUUGUUAAUGGUUGUGAACUACACGGCUUAGGGGGAGUGUUUUUAUGGACUUUGGCGUUGGGCGUAUACCCGUAUCAAAAGGCGCAAAAGGGUUUUGCGAGCAUCGAGAAGGUUACUACAUCGAUGAGGGAGGUGGUUUAUGGCUUAGAAGUGCCCUGUUGAGAUGAUUCAGAUGAGUUCUAGCAUAGUAUGCAAGAAUCUUAUUGAGAUUG